CUGGAAGGCAGUUCGGGGUUCUUUCAAAUCUCAAGGACGGCAUGCAAACUUUUUGAUAGAUUUAGGUCAUCUUUUUAUCAACUGCUUUUCAUAUGGACACAAAAAAACUUCCCGAGAGGUUCUUCAGGAAGAAGGCAGAGUCCUUCAACCGAAAGGUUAAAUAUGCUAAACAAAGUGUCACUCAGGUAGCGGCACUACACAAUGUAUUGCCUGGCUAUCUUGAGAAGGAAGAUGAAAAUGAGAUAAUCACUCAAGAUGCUAUGUUGAAAGAAGUUGAUAUUGGUUCCGCAACUAAGCGUUUUGAUGUUAAACUACAGUAUGGACCGUAUGCGAUUGAUUAUUCACGAAACGGCAGAUUUUUAGCCCUGUGUGGUAAAUCAGGUCACAUAGCGGCAUUCGACUGGAUGGUGAAGAAGCCUCUUUUUGAGAUCACUGUCUCUAACGAAUGCAAGGAUGUUAAGUUUCUUCACCAAGAAACGUUCGUUGCCGUUGCAGAGAAAAGAUAUGUUUCCAUAUAUGACAAUCAAGGCUUAGAAGUACAUUGCUUGAAAAAACUGAGUGGGAUAUUACGAAUGGAAUUUCUCCCGUAUCAUUUCCUUCUGGUGUCUUCCUCUGACAAUGGAUUUCUUUAUUACCUAGACUGUUCUAUUGGUACGAUUGUCGCUUCAAUACCUACAUAUAUGGGGCGCCUUGGUGUUAUGUGUCAAAACCCUUCUAACGGAGUUAUUUGCACAGGACACAACGAUGGUGUUGUAUCUAUGUGGGUACCUUCAGAGAAGUCAUACGUUAUCAAAAUGUUCGCCCACCCAACUGCCAUUACUUCGAUUGCUUGCGACCAAACUGGAAGCUACUUGGCAACCUGUGGAGUUGACCGAAAACUAAAGAUUUGGGACUUGAGAUCUACUUAUGAUCCUCUUUCCGAAAUCUUGCUGCCUAUGUCUGCUUCAACAAUUAAUUUCAGUCAGAAAGGUUUAUUAGCAUUGGGUGCUGCUAAUACCGUACAGAUUUUACGUGACCCCCAUUCCAUUCCACCGUCCAAUGCAUCAAAAAUCUUUGAAACCAUUUCACCUAAUGUUAACCGACGAGUAAUUUCGAAUACUUACCUUUCUCACUAUGCGGUUCAUCCAGUUUAUCGUGUACGCUUUUGUCCUUAUGAAGACGUUUUAGGAGUAGGUAGUUCCGCUGGGAUUUCAUCCAUUCUUUGUCCUGGGAGUGCGGAACCUAAUUAUGAUGGUUUAGAAGAAAAUCCUUUUGUAGGCACUUUCUAG